CUCUUCUCGGGCAUUUCUGAGCAGGAUGCUGGGGUGUCCCGCUCCAUCUCCCCACCUGAUGAACAGGGCGCUCAAGAUAUGGAUCAUGUGGGCUAUGCUGCUCUGCCUGGCUGGAGGGCAGCCUGCCAGUGCCACGCUCUGCAGGACCCAUGGCACCAUCCCAGGCAUCCCAGGAUUACCAGGACAGCCUGGCAGCGAUGGCAGGGAUGGGGAGGAUGGCCCAAAGGGUGAGCAAGGGCCCUCUGGCCAGAGUGAAGAAUGGAGAGGGGAGCCGGGAGUCCCAGGAGCACCGGGACAGCCUGGGAAGGUCGGUCCCAUUGGCAUGCCAGGUAUAGAGGGCUUACCAGGUGACAUGGGACCGCCUGGUCCCGUGGGAGAACCUGGUGACUACAAGGUCACCUUCAAGUCCGGGUUCUCGGCCGCCAGGGUCAUGAGCUCCUACCCGCGCCGGGAGCAGCCCAUCCGCUUCGAGCGCGUGCUCACCAACGAGCAGGGCCACUACGAGAACCGCUACGGCCGCUUCACCUGCCGCGUGCCCGGCACCUACUACUUCACCUACCACGUCACCUCCCGCGGCAACCUGUGCCUCAACAUCAAAAAGGGCCAGGGUGGCAGCAGGGGCGAGAGGGUGGUCACCUUCUGUGACUACGUGCAUAACAGUUUCCAGGUCACCACGGGUGGCGUGGUCCUCAAGAUGGCCAUGAAUGAGUCUGUCUGGCUGGAACCUACAGAGAAGAACUCCUUGGUGGGGCUGGAAGGGUCUGACAGCAUCUUCUCUGGCUUCAUCAUCUUCCCUGAGGCUUAGCCCACUGGAGAUGUGUCUGUGGCCAAUCUCUGCGGUCCCUGCAGUGCUAAGGACUCCCCUGGAAACUCUUUGCUCCCAAAUUGGUGCUUGAAGCACACUGCUGCCAUUCUUGCACAAUAAAUUACAGUUCUUUGCA